AUGACGGUGCAGCGCAGCGCGGCGCGUCCCCCCAUUGUCCCCGGGCCGAAGCAAGAUGCGCGAACCCUUGCCACCCCCGUCGCCAGAAUAAGCGAGUCCCCCUCCCAGCUCGGUACAGCGACCGAUUUGCGUCUCCGCCCCUCUCCGCCCUCGCUCUCCCGCCUUCCCGGCCUUCUCACGGGCAGUCCGCUUUUGCUCUCCAAGCCCUCAGCUCUCAGCUCUCAGCUCUCAGCUCUCAGCUCUCAGCUCUCAGCCCUCGGAUGGCAGCCGUUGAUGAUGAUGCGCGAUCGGAAGCUUCCCGUGGCCAGAGUGCCGUCCGUGCUUUGGAUUGUCGCUGUGGAUUGGGAUUGGGAUUUGGGAGGAGGAAUUUUCUGGAUGACUGUGGGUGGGCUAGACGGCACUUUGGCCGCAUUCCAUGCAGCAGCAGCAGCUGUGGUCCAACGCUCAAACUGGGUGCGGGCGCCUCAAAGCUGGGUUCGCGAUCGUGGGCUCGCUUGGCGGAUUUGGAUGGCAUGGAAUGGCGCCAGAUUCCAACGCAACGCAGCAGCAGCGCACCGCAGCCCAACGCAACGCUUUCGGACCACCUGGGCCGCAGCUCCGGCGUCGUACAGCUGCUGCCCGCCCAUUCCCCCCUCCUUCUUUCCUCCACCACCAUCCUCUCUCUCCUUUGCUUCCGCGGCUUCCAUCUGCUUUGUCUGCUUCGCCAUCACCAACCGUCUUUACUUCCUUGCCAAGCCCGCUCUCUACCAUUCACUCUUCAAGGACGUACAGCCAGCCAAUACCCGCCGCGCACCUCGUGUCGCUCCCAAUACCCUUUCCAGCACAAGCUCACAAGCUCACACGCACACCCUCGACAUCCGCUACCUUCGCCAACGUCUGGAGGCUCCCGACGACAUGCUUCUAUCAACCUAA